AUCAUUAAAUGGCUUAAAAUGGAUAGCAAUGAACGGCCAGGUUUGAUAAUGGCAUAUGUAACGGAGCCUGACCGUACUGGUCACAAGCAUAAGGGCCCAAAGCAAAGAGAUGAAAUCUAUGAACUUGGUGAUUUACAGUUGGAAAGAGCAUUAAUUGAAGUCGACAAUGCACUCAGCCAAUUUUUGAAAAUGUUGGAAAAGGAAGGAUUAUGGUGUUGCGUCAAUCUGGUCAUUGUCUCAGAUCACGGAAUGGCUCAAAUAGAUACACAGGUAGUUCUCAAGAAGCGGUUAAACAUUACUGGAAUGUAUAUAGUACCUGGUCUAACGGCACAUAUCUUUAAGGAAAACUCAACUAUGACCAUCGAAGAAAUUGAAAGUGCUUUGACGCGUAAAGAGGAGGAAGGCAAGAAAGAUCUCAUUCGUGUAUUCACGAACAAAACUAUGCCUUUGCGCUAUUACUAUUCUCAUUCAAGAAGAAUUGGUGAUUUAGUACUUGUCUCACAACCACACGUUCAAGUAGUAAUGUAA